AUGGCCGGAGGCUUUGAGAAGUCAGUCAAAGGGGCCACGAAGCUCAAGCUCGCGGCUCCCAAAUCCAAAUACAUUGAACAGAUCCUUGUGGCAACUCAUACCGGUGAGGCAGGUGUCGCAGAAGUAUUCCGAACACUCCAGCUGCGACUUCGAGACUCAGCAUGGACCAUUGUGUUCAAAGCGCUUAUCGUUCUUCAUCUUAUGAUCCGAGAAGGUCAACAGGAUGCUGCGUUGGGAUACCUGUCUGAUAACCCGAGGAAGAUCGCGCCCAGCAAUUUCUCGGAAGCCCAAUCGCAGGGACAUAAUAUUCGACGUUAUGCCGAAUAUCUAAUUACACGCGCGAAGGCAUUUGACGCCUCGAAAACCGAUCAUGUACGAAGCGGACCGGGAAAGCUGAAAAGAACUGGCGUGGAGAAAGGUCUUUUGAGAGAGACGGAGAUUGUACAGAAGCAGAUCCGCGCGCUAUUGCGGUGUGACCUGUUGACAGAUGAACCCGAGAACGAGAUCAGUUUGACGGCUUUCCGCCUCCUUACACUGGAUCUACUUACCCUGUACUCGGUCAUGAACGAGGGGACCAUUAAUGUCUUGGAACAUUACUUUGAGAUGUCACGACCAGACAGUCUACGCGCCUUGGAAAUUUACAAGACGUUCACAAAACAAACGGAGGAAGUUGUGCAAUUCCUAGGAGUUGCAAGACAUUUCCAAUCUGCCACCCGUCUGGAAAUCCCCAAGCUCAAGCAUGCCUCUACGGACCUCACUCGACUUCUCGAGGAUGAUCUCAACGACCCUGAUUUCGAUGUUCGCCGACGGGAGUACUUGGCCAAGAAGGGCGUUCCUAUCCCACCAUCCAUGAGCGCGAGUAAUGAUGCCCCGAAGCCCGUACCAAGCGCACCGACGCCAACCCAAGCCAGGCAACCUGAACAAGCCAAGCCAGCGCCGGUGGAUUUGAUUGACUUCUUUGAUUCAAUUGAACAGAACCAACAGCCAAUGGGCCAGCCGACUGGCCAGCCCAAUAUGCAGUACCAGCAGACAGGGUUCCAACAACAGCAACCAUUCUAUCCUCAGCAGACUGGUUUCCAACAGCAGCAGCCUCAGAUGUCUGGAUACAGCCAGCAACAGCCUCAACAGCCUCAACAGCCUCAACAAUCCCAGGCGACCGGUUUUGGCCAGCCAGCCCAAUACGGAGCCCUUUACCAGGCACAAGGUGCCAAUAAUCCCUUUGGCCAGCAGCAACAACAACAACAACAGCCACAACAGCAGCCGCUUCAGGCUAUGCCAACGGGUGCUGGAUUCGGUGGAUACACAGCGCAGCCACAACAAUAUGGAUACCAGUCACAGUUGGCUCCCAUCCCUCAGGAGGGUGUUGCUUCGUUCCAACAGCAACAGCAACAGCAACAGCAAUCUCCUCAGCCUUUGCAGCCUCAGACUACCGGUACCAAUCCGUUCCGUCAGUCAAUGAUGCUGAAUGCUUCCACGGGCGCUCAACCAGUUGCUCGUCCUCUAAGCCGACAGAACACAAAUCCAUUCGCUCGGCGGUUAUCAACGGCCAACCAGCAAUAUAACACCUCGGAGCCAUUCCAGAAUGCGCAAUCCCAGCAAGCGCCACCGCUCCCACAAGCGCAGCCCAUUCAACCCCAGCGAACCGGAACCAAUCCAUUUGCUCGCAAUUCUCCCGCCCCACCAAGCAUGCCUCCGGCCGCACCUCUGCAGCCGAAUCCCACUGGUAGCACAAAUCCCUUUCGACAGAGUCAGUUCAUCAACCAGCAAACCGGACAAGGCUGGCAAGCCAGUGGACAAAGUGGCACGAUGGGCGGACUAGAACAGAUGGAGACGAUGCCGAUCUUUCCGCGACCCGGCAUGACCUAA